AACUACUUUUCGUGUGUGCUACCUCGUCGCAUUCCAUCGACGGGCGAGCCGCGCGCAUUCCGGUCUGAUAUCUUGAUCGGACGGUCCAGAUUUCGCCGGCAAUGGCGGGCGGUUUGGCAGCGCUAGCGGAGGUAUCGCCGGCGAAAGAUAAGAUCGUAUUGGAUGAGGAGGAUUGGAACGCGAUUCUCGACGCCAUGCGACCGUACGAGAACCGUACGGCCGAUGACACGACGAACCGUACGCCGAGUCGUACGCCGAAUGGUACGACGGCGGCAAAGAGACGGAACGGCGCGACGAGUGUCAUCUGCAAAGCGACUAGCGCCGUUACGAAGACACUCGGAUCGAUCACUGUAACGAAAACGAGCAGUACAACGAAGAAGAGCGUUAUAACGAGGACAACUGAGGCAGAGGCGGCGUCCCCGCCGUCUACCAAGCGCCGAAAGCUCGAUAGCGCAGGCAAGGAUAAGCCAAGGAGCGCCAAGGGUGACGGAGAGGAGAGGGAAGCAGAAUCAGCGGCAGCGAGAAUAAGCAAUGAGGAGGAGAAGAAGCAGGGAGAGAAAAUCAAGCAGAGCGUGUGGUGGUCGUUUAAGCUGCCGGAAGUGAGUCUCAAGGACCCCAGUAAGCCGCUAAUGAGUGAGCUUGUAACGCGGAAAAUCGGCGGAGGUUCAGGGGCGAAGGGCGGGGGUUUUGGGGAGAAGAACGGGCGCUUGAGGGGGAGGGGGGGAAUGCGGCGCAUGCGGCACAUGCGGCGGUUAGGUUUAGCGCGGAGGAAACGGAAGGGAUGAUGAACGGGUAUGCAGCAGAGGAAGCAGGGAUUGCCGCGGAGGGAGGGGGGGCAGGAAUGGCAUCCUCUGUAGCGGCACCGUCUGUAGCGGCACCGUCUGUAGCGGCGACACACAAGAGGAAACUGCCGACUUGGGCAGAUGCCAAGGGGGCGUUGGACGUGCUGAAGAAGGGCGCGGAUCAGGUGGUGGUGAACAAUAGUGUCAAGGCGGGAGACUUCUCGUUCCGAAGAGACGUGCACGCAACAUCGCUCUUCCCCUCCAUCCCAGUGCUGGCCCACGACAUCUACGCUCGCUUCCCUGGGAAGGUGGUAUACCGCAGGGAGCGCAAGGGGGUGGAGGCAGCCGCGAGGGAGCUGUACUCGGCUAUCAAAAACG